AUGGCCGCGGCCCCAUUGCCGCCCUUUCAGGCCCCUCGCGGCCCCUUCACGGCCCCGUCGCCGCCCUUUCAGCGGCCCCGUCGUCGCCCGCCCUUCAGCAGGCCCCGCUACGGCCCCGCUACGGCCCCGCUCCGGCCCCGCUUAGGCCCCGCUACGGCCCUACUACGGCCCCGUCGCCCACCUGCGGCCCCGUCGCCCACCUGCGGCCCCGUCGCCCACCACAGCCCUGUCGCCACCUGCGGCCCCGUCGCCACCGGCGGCCCCGUCGCCACCUUUGGCCCCGUCGUCACCUGCAGCCCCGUCGCCCGCUGCGGCCCCGUCGCCACCUACGGCCCCGCCACCUUUGGCCCCGUCGCCACCUGCGGCCCCGCCUACCCUUGCGGCCCCGUCGCCACCUGCGGCCCCGUCGCCCGCUGCGGCCCCGUCGCCACCUGCGGCCCCGCCACCUGCGGCCCCGUCGCCACCUGCGGCCCUGAUGCCACCUGCGGCCCCGCCUACCCUUGCGGCCCCGUCGCCACCUGCGGCCCCGUCGCCCGCUGCGGCCCCGUCGCCACCUGCGGCCCCGCCACCUGCGGCCCCGUCGCCCACUGCGGCCCCGAUGCCACCUGCGGCCCUGUCGCCACCUGCGGCCCCGUCGCCCACUUCUGCUCCGAUGCCACCUGCGGCCCCGCCCACUUGCGGCCCCGACCCCGCCCCGGCCGGAAAGUCGUUUUGAUCACGGGGGGUGGCUCGGGAAUAGGCUUGGAGAUCUCGAGGCAGUUCGGCAGGCACGGCGCUAGGCUCGCAAUCAUGGGUCGGAGGGAGGCGGUGCUACGAGCAGCAGCAGACGAGCUAGCGAAGGAAGGGAUCGAGGCCUUGCCUGUCAUUGGUGAUGUGAGGCGAAAAGAAGACGCACACAGCGCCGUGGCUGCUACUGUGGAGAGAUACGGCCGCCUAGACGUUCUCAUCAAUGGCGCCGCUGGAAACUUUCUGGCAGCUGCGGAAGACCUUUCAGUGAAUGGCUUUCGAACAGUCCUUGACAUAGAUGCCGUGGGCACGUUCAACAUGUGCCUGGCUGCCAGGCCGUUCCUGCCACCCAACCAUCCACCCUCUUUUCGCGUUCUGCAUCCUGAUCUUCUCAUUCCCUUCACCCUUCCAGUGCUUGACAUCGAUGCCAUGGGUACAUUCAACAUGUGCCUGGCUGCCAGGCCAUUCCUGCAGAAGGGGGCGCGUGGCAGGGCGGAGGAGGAGGGAGGGGGAUCCAUUAUAAACAUCAGCGCUACUCUGCACUACACCGCUGCUUGGUACCAAGUGCACGUCUCGGCUGCUAAGGCUGCAGUGGAUGCCACCACCCGGUCCUUAGCCCUCGAGUGGGCAACGGACUACGGCAUCCGAACCAAUGCGAUAGCUCCGGGGCCGAUAGGUUCGACGCCAGGCAUGGCGAAGCUGGCGCCGUCAGAGCUGGGCAUCGAUGCCGGGGAGCUCAACCCGAUGCAGCGCAUGGGUGACCCUUGGGACAUUGCUAUGGCUGCUCUCUACCUCACAGCAGACACGGGGAAGUAUGUGAACGGAGCAACGCUGGUGGUGGAUGGGGGGGGCUGGCUGCGCCGUGCUCUGUUGCGCGCAUACAUUGCUCUACACAUCCUCGCCCUCUUCCUCUUCCAGCUGCCUCUCUCACAGCACUGGCGGCCCUUCGAGCAGUGGGGCCAGACACUUGGCCUCUUCCGAUUGGACGUGAGGGGGAUUCUGGAUCCGCGGCAGCUGCUGCAUGUGCUGGAAACGGCUCUCCUGCUCUCCGCCUUUGCACUGCCUCUCAGCCUUCUUCUUUCCUCUCCCUUCUCCCCUGUUCCCUCUCCGAUCUCUCCUUCACACCAGCUGUCUUCCCAUCGCUCCCUCGCUACCUCCCAUCAUUCUUCACGCACUCGGUCCUCUUCCCGCCCACCCUCGUCUCAAGCUCCACGCCCACACUUGCACCCAACCCCUGGCCUCUACCCACAACGUUCCUCCCAAACCUCCGCCUGGCUCGGGCCGAGCCUGCCUCUUUUAGCUUCGGAAGCAUCCCAGAUUCUGUAUCAGGUGAUUGAGGAGGAGGAGGAGGAGGAAGGGGAUGAUGCGGCUGGGGAGGAGGAGAGGGAAGAGGAGGAGGGCGGGGAAGGGGAAUGGGAGCUGGAGCAGCAGGAGGAGGUAGUUGCAAAAGCGCUAGCAGCUAGAGUGAGAGGGGCAGGUGUGGGAGGCGUGCAGUGGCGAGGGGGGGCACAGGCGAGGGGUGGGUUCGAGAACAGGGAGCAGCAGAGAGGAGAGAAAGGGGGGAAUUGGAGGGGAGAGAGGGAUGUGCCACUGAGGCAACUGGGAGCAGGCAGUGCAUCGAGAGGAGAGGAGUUGGUGGGGGGAGGUGCAGACGCUGAGGAGGAUGACAAUGGGAAGGGACUCAGACGCCAGUUUACUGCCUUGUCGUGGUCGUCCGCAUCUCAGCAGCUCUGUGCCACCCUGGUCACCAUCUACCAAGCUAUUGGGCUGCAUCGCUUCCCCAAUCCAGCCCUCCCCCUUGCUCUCCACUUCACCACAGCACUCCUCCUCACAGCCUACGUCUUUGCCUGCACCGCCAUGCUUGCCUCUUCUCCCUCCUCCUCUGCCUCUUCUGCCUCCUCUUCCUCCUCCUCUGCCCCUAUCACUUCCUCCUCUUCCACCUCUGCUGCAGAUGCUUCUGCUGCUUCUGCAGCAGGGAGCAUUGACAGGGGUGACAAUACGGGAGGGAUCAGCAGUGGUGGCGAAGCAAUGGCUAUGCCAGCAGCAACACAGGACAGAGAUGCAGUGGCAGCAGAAGUGGCAGCGGAACUGGCAGCAGCAGGGCAUGAUGGGUGGCUGUGCUUCCUGCUCUCCUUCUCCCUCUGGGCUGCCCGCCUGCUCGCCUUCUCUGCCUUUGUCCUCCUUGUGCUUGUCCACGCGGCAGACAAGCUCGCCCUGCUGCGUGCCCCCUAUGUGCUACUACUGGUGAUGCUGCUGGUCUACCCCUCACGAGCCCAUGCUGUCUACUCAGCCUGCAUCGCCUAUUCCUCCCUGCAUCUUCUACUGCUCUUUGCUGCCACUGACCCUGCAUUGGGGCAGCUCCCUCUGCCCGCUUACUGGAAAGCCCUGCUGUCACUCCUUGGUAUUCCCCCUGCCCUGACCCCCCAGGCCAUCACCCCUCCAGCCGGCAUCCUCCUGCUUGCCUACGCCAUGGCUCGCGCCCGCUCCUCCCUGCAGCAAUCCCUUGCUACCACACACUCUCUCCCCCACCACCCCUUCCCAUGGCCGCUGCUCGAGCUAGCUGCCUCCUGCCCGCCUCCCAUGGCUGCUGCUCUUCAGUUAAAGCCGCACCCAGACAGUCUCCUCCUGCCUCCCUCCAAGGGCCCUCCCUGGCCGUAUCUCUGCUUGGCGUACCCGUCUGCCUUAGCAACAGAGGCCAACACCUACUUCAUCCUCACUGCAUUCUUCACCAUUCUAACCCAUAUGCACCCAUCUGCUGUCUCCCUCUGCUUCCUCCUCCUCCUCAUCAUCUGGGUCUGGCUCUUUCUUUGGCCAUCCUCCUCCCGAACCUCCUCCCGCACCUCCUCCCAAACCUCUUCCCAGCUCUCCCACCAGACCUCCUCCCAUGCUGGAAGAUCCUCCUCUGCGUUGCACUCCUCCUCCCAAACCUCCCGCCUGCUCAUCCUACACUGUCCCACCGCCCUCCCCUGCGCGGCGUUUUUCGCUGCUCUGUAUCCUGUCAGCGCGAUAGGAUUUGGGUUUCUGCUGCUGGCGGUGCUGGGGUGUGUGAGGCUGAGGGCUGUGAGGGGCACGGCGCCGAGAUGGAUGUUCUUAUAUGGAGGGGCGGCGCUGGUGGUGGAGUUUGGGUUCCAGGUGGUGGUGGCACAGUGGGGGCUGGCGGCAUGGGUGGACCAGCACAGCGCGAUUCUGCAGGUGGUGGUGGCGCAGUGGGGGCUGGCGGCCUGGGUGGAGCAGCACAGUGCUAUUCUGCUGGUGGAUGGUUGGGUCGCAAGGAUUGUGGGGUAUACGUGGCUGGGCCUUGUCUUAUAUGAAGACACCGCUAUUAGCACUGUAGCAGGGGGGCGAAUGUGGGCUUUAACAUCCGGGUGUACUGCCAAAUCGGUGCUCCUAGCUGCUUGCCUGCUCCACCAUGCCUCCUGCCACUGGCUCGCCGAGCUUCCUCCGGAGCUUCGGGCCGACCUUAAGGGCGAGCUGUGCAUGCUGUUUGUGCCUGCCGAAGCUGUGGCUGCGGCUCGGCAUGCUGCUUCGGUGCAUGCAGAGGAAAUGACGGUGAGAGGGGGAGAGGAGGGAGGAUUAGGGAGGGGAGUGGGAGGGGGAGGAGGAGAGGUGGGAGGAGGAGGAGGAGGAGGAGGAGGAGGAGGAGGAGGAGGAGGAGGAGGAGGAGGAGGAGGAGGAGGAGGAGGAGGAGGAAGGGGAGGAGGGGGAGGAGGAGACAGCUCAGAGAAGGACGCACAGAAGGAUUUUACCCCUCCUCAAAGCCAGAUUGGGAGAGGCGAGGGAGGAGGUGGAGGAGGAGGGGGGUCAAACUUAAAGCGAGCAUACAAGCUGAUAAGUUUCCGGUCGUGGAGUGUAGGGGACUUGGAGAAACGAGCACGAGGUGCUGCUGAUGCCUCCUCCUCUUCCUCGAUCUCCUCCUCCGUUUUCUCUCUCGGAGGGUCAUGGAGGCGAGGGGAGAAGGCAGUGAGUGGUGCUUUGCUGGAACGGCAGGAGGAGGAGGCUCACGUUCAGGCAUGUAGCGUGGAAGAGAGGGAAGAGGAGGGUGAGGAUGGGUUCUUUGAUGGAUAUGAUGAUUAUUUUGAUGAGGAGGAUGAAUAUGAUGAGGAGGAUGAGGAGGAGGACCAAUCAGAGGAGGCGCGGCGGUACCGGCAGCAGCUGCGGUCGAUGUGGGCAGCGGUGCAAAACACAGUGGCACACUUCUUUUCACUCUACGGAUUUCAUCGCCUUCUUUUCGCUCUAGAACAUUGUCUCGCUGCUCUGUACCCCUCUGUUUAUCAAAACCCCUCCCACGCCAUCCCGUUCCCCUCCCAUUCCCUGCAGGUGGUCGUGCUGUACCUACUGGUUGCCAGUUUCGCAGUCAAGAACAUUGUCUCGCUGCUCUGUGGCCGUGCUGUACCUACUGGUUGCCAGUUUCGCAGUCAAGAACAUUGUCUCGCUGCUCUGUACCCCUCUGUUUAUCAAAACCCCUCCCACGCCAUCCCGUUCCCCUCCCAUUCCCUGCAGGUGGUCGUGCUGUACCUACUGGUUGCCAGUGGUCGUGCUGUACCUACUGGUUGCCAGUUUCGCAGUCAAGAACAUUGUCUCGCUGCUCUGUACCCCUCUGUUUAUCAAAACCCCUCCCACGCCAUCCCGUUCCCCUCCCAUUCCCUGCAGGUGGUCGUGCUGUACCUACUGGUUGCCAGUGGUCGUGCUGUACCUACUGGUUGCCAGUUUCGCAGUCAAGAACAUUGUCUCGCUGCUCUGUACCCCUCUGUUUAUCAAAACCCCUCCCACGCCAUCCCGUUCCCCUCCCAUUCCCUGCAGGUGGUCGUGCUGUACCUACUGGUUGCCAGUGGCGGUGCUCUUCCUGCUGGUCGACUCGCCAGUUGCGCAGUCAAGAACAUUGUCUUGCUGCUCUUUGUGUUCCUUCUGAAUGAAAGACCCUCCUAUGCCAUCCCACCCCCCUCCCCUCAGGUGGUGGUUCUCUUCCUGCUGGUUGCCAGUGGCGGUGCUCUUCCUGCUGGUCGACUCGCCAGUUGCGCAGUCAAGAACAUUGUCUUGCUGCUCUUUGUGUUCCUUCUGAAUGAAAGACCCUCCUAUGCCAUCCCACCCCCCUCCCCUCAGGUGGUGGUUCUCUUCCUGCUGGUUGCCAGUGGCGGUGCUCUUCCUGCUGGUCGACUCGCCAGUUGCGCAGUCAAGAACAUUGUCUUGCUGCUCUUUGUGUUCCUUCUGAAUGAAAGACCCUCCUAUGCCAUCCCACCCCCCUCCCCUCAGGUGGUGGUUCUCUUCCUGCUGGUUGCCAGUUUCGCAGUCAAGAACAUUGUCUCGCUGCUCUACACAUCCAUCGUCGGCCUCUGCAUCGCUCUCCCUCCCCGCCUCGUCCGUCUGCUCUGGCCGCUCCUUACAGUCACCUUCGCUGCAAUCACCCUCUGGCAGUACUACAUGCUCGCCGGCCCCCCUCCCUUCCACCACCCCCCGCUUGCACCCCCUCCCUCACACACCCCUCCUGCAUCCCCUACCUUUCACUACCGGACUGGUCCCCCACCUCCUUUUCAUUACCCUUCCGGACUCUCUCCCUCGCACACACCUGGAUCGCUACUGAAUCCACAGUCGCCUCAAGACAGGCAGCGUUUUCUUCUGAGCGUGUUCCUCCCACCACACCCUCAUCCUAGCUCGCUCUCGCUCUCCUUCCCUCCGCAAACGCACCCAAGCUCUCCCUUAAACCCGCCUGCCUAUUUCCCUAACGGGCUCAGCGAAAACUCUCUUUGGCAUUCAGCGGAGGUUAGCAACGUGAGCGGAGGAGGGCUAUUCAGCAACAUCAACAGGCGGCCGCACCCACCCAAGACGCACAGCCGCAACUGCCAGGACUGCUGGCGCAGCACAGAUUCCAAGGACCCCACCUGCUGGGACUGCUGGCUCGGUGAGUGCGGUUGGUGCCCGUAUUUCCCGUACCUGCCCGCGCUGUCAUGCAACCCGUUUAGUAUUGUCGGGCUGUAUAAGUAUGACUACGGGCUGAGGAUGGACACGAGGAGUGCGGUGGUGGAUCUGACCAUGUUUGUGCUCAUCACCCUCUUGGCUCACAGCCUUAAGUCGGAGCUCUUCCAGCAAGUGCUGCUCUUCACCACCAAGCAGGAGGUGAGUCAACCAACCUGCGUGGGUGGACUAUACAUGGGUAGGCACGUAGGUGCACCAGGGGAGUGCAGUGCGUGUUAG